AUGGCGACCUCACAUGCUUUUCCGCCUGAAGAAAGUUUUCCCCAUCCAACACCAACAAAUUUUCAAUCACAACAAAAUACAAAACAGGCCGUAAUUUAUAACAAGUCGGGUACAAAGUGUAUGAAUAUCGUGAAGGAGCCUGGAAUGUCUCUGUCUCCGACUUCACCGUCUACAAGGGAACAGAAUGAUUCCUCUCCCUCUCAUAACCUUCAGAAUAAUAACGAAGAACCUGAUAUUCAAGCGAAUGGCUCACAUAAUAAUCAUAUAAAGGCUCAUCAAGAUUCUAUCGCAAAUCUUGAUGAUAUUCACCACAAUCAUCCUCAUCAUAAUCAUAGUCACAAAUCCCGUAAAGACGGUAUCUGGAAUACCAAUAAUAACGAAGAGCGACAACGAAUAAGAGAAUUCUGGUUACAGUUGGGUGAAGAGGAAAGGAGAAGUUUAGUAAAAGUUGAAAAGGAAGCUGUGCUAAAAAAAAUGAAAGAACAACAAAAGCAUUCAUGUUCUUGUUCUGUAUGUGGCAAAAAGAGGACCGCUAUUGAAGAAGAGCUGGAAACACUUUAUGAUGCUUAUUAUGAAGAACUAGAAUCUUAUGCGAACCAACAACAGCAAUUCGGCCCCUCAAAUAUCGAAUAUCGAAAUGAUUCUGCAGAUGAGAAUGGAAGCGAUACACGGAGGGAAAUCUUUAAUUUUGGUAAUAGUUUGACCGUAAAAGGAGGCAUUUUGACCGUAGCAGACGAUCUUUUAAAAAACGACGGUAAAAAGUUUCUUGAAAUGAUGGAACGACUUGCUGAACGAAGGAUGCAACGAGAGGAUGAAGCAGCAAUGGAACAACGUGAUUAUGAAGAAUAUGAUGAUGACGAUGAUGAGGAAUACGAAGAUGAUGCUGAAGAAGAUAAUCAGACAGAUGAGCAACGUAUGGAAGAAGGUCGACGGAUGUUCCAGAUAUUUGCGGCACGAAUGUUUGAGCAGCGGGUGUUAAAUGCAUAUCGAGAGAAAGUUGCUCAAGAACGGCAACAAAAGUUAUUAGAGGAAUUAGAGGAAGAAAAUCGACUAAAAGAAGAACGUGAGCUAAAAAAGUUAAAAGAGAAGGAGAAAAAGAAGGCUAAAAAUAGGGCAUUGAAACUACAAAAAGAGGAGGAACGUGCAAGAAAAGAGGCCGAAAGACUAGCUGAAGAGAAAGCAUUACGCGCAGAACGUGAUAGAAAAUUAGAGGAAGAACGUAAAAAGCGUGAGGAAGAACGCCUAAAAAAGGAGGCAGAUAGGAGGGCAAGGGAAGAAGAACGACAAAGGAAAGAAGAGGAGAAAAGGCGAAAAGCAAAAGAAGAUAAAGAGAGAGAAGAGCGCAGGAAAAAAGAACAAGAAGCUAAAGAGCGUAAGGAAAGAGAAAGAGAAGAAAAAGAGCGUAAGGAGCGGGAAGAAAAGUUUCGAAAAGAAAAAGAAGAACGUAGACAGCGUGAAGAACGAGAGCGUAAACAACGUGAAUUAAAGGAGAAAGAGCGCAAAGAAAAAGAGGAACAAGAACGCAAGGAUCGUGAAAAGAAAGAGCGUGAAGCAAAGGAGCGAGAGCGAAAAGAGAAGGAGGAACAGGAGCGUAAAGAUCGUGAAGAAAAAGACCGAAAAGAGAGAGAAGAAAAACAAAGGGCUGCUAGUGUUCCUCCAGUAAGGCAGCAGCAUCAUGAACGAAAGCGGACAAUUACACCAAUUGGUCAACCUUCUGCUCAGACACCGCCACCACCAACGAUAAGUACAACGGUAGUACAUAAUAAAUCUAGUUCAAUGCCAAAUGGAAUUAAUUGGAUGAAUUAUUCAUCACAUGAACACCAUCCACCUCUUCCCCCACAACAUCCUAUAAACCCACAGCAU